AUGCGACCUGUCUCCUCCUGCUUUCCUGAUCUCUUUGCUACUACAUCGUCUGAAGCUGCCGGGACACUCUACCAACUAGAUCGUAUAUACCCCAUCCACCUCACAUCAUCGUUGUUUGCAAGUAGGCAGAUAGCGAUCCGCGAGGUACUCCAAAUUAAUUUGCUCGAGGCGGCUGUAUUCACCUACUUCUUCCUUAGUGCUAUGCAUGCAGAUCCAGAAUUUCAGCAAAACCACGAUUGCAGUCCCGAUGCAGACACAGAUUCGCUCUUCGGAUCGCCCCCGCCUUCUCCGAGCGGGAGAGGUAGGUUGCGGUCGCUGCUUGCGCUUCCCGGCGCUGCAGGUUCUGCACAAAACGUGGGGACCCUUGCACUUCCUGGUUCCCAUCUUGUCGCUGAAGCACCAGUCCAUCCGCCAGCAUAUCGGUCAUCGAGUGCUUGUGGGACCAAUGUCUCGCAGCCUCCGAGACCUCUAGCGUUGCAACCAUCUUUGGAAUUUAAUGCAAGGCCAAAUCCCACGCCUACAUCAAGUACGAGGUCGCUCUCCGUUGAUGCCCCUCCCAUGCGGGUACAGCGCAAAUCGCGGAAGGGCAAGGAAAAAGCUACAUCGGCUUUUCAUGCAUCUACACCACGGCCUCCUGCCCCUCCUAUUGAACUUCCAUCAGCGGACGAACCGCUACCGCCUAACUUCUUACGCAAUCAGCAGGCUUUACUGGGUCUCGCAGGGCUUGUUAGUGGUGUCAACCCGGCUCAGCUAUCGAUGCAACGUGGCUCAUCUGCGCACAAUCCUAUCGUGAUUGAUGAUGAUGCUCCGGUAGGUGGGGGCCUGCUGACUAGCCAACCGCCGUCCAUUUCUCGACAUCCUGCGUCUGCGACCUUUGCGCCUUCCCAACUUUCACCACCUAGCGGGGAGGAUCUUGUUGCGGCAAUCAUGCGUCAGAAGAACGUCUUUCCUGUCAUCGAGUCUCUCCUUCGGCUCCUGUCUGGCAUUUCGCCUGCCGCUCCGCCGCCCCCACGGUUCGCAUCAAGGCGGGCAGAAUUCGGACGUUCUGAAAGCGAAACCGCUGCGCCACCGCUCAAACGAAGAAAAUUAAAUCAAGUUCCUGCGGGUGCGACGGACUGGGAUGUUCCUUAUCCUUUCCAAGAUGGGCAGGGUCCUCAGGGCUACCAGACAAGUUGGGCGCGCGACAGAGCCAGAGCUCUUUUGGCGGACUUGGCGGUGCUGGUGCAAGACGCGAAAAAGAAGGCGGCCGUGAGGGGAUACUACCAGCAACAGGAAAAGGAGCGGAGAAGGCGGCUGAUGGAGCAGAGAGGCGAGACGAUAAAAAAAUACUACAGAGCGAAGACAGCGUUCUAUGGGAUCGACAUGGAAAAGCAGGCGUCUCAAGACCGACUCCAAGAACCUACAGGUGUGCAUGUCUUGCCGUCAAGGAUGGGCACCCCAAAUACCAAGCCAAGUGAUCACACGAGUGAAAUGCAAAGGCAGUCGAUGAGCGAACCGCCCCAGGUUCUAGCGUCGGCUGAUCUACGUGCUGCGUCAACAUUACUCCUUCAACAGUCGUCGAAUAACCCAGCACCAUCUCAAACACCUUCGAAUACUUCAAGCAUGGAGUCGUCGACUCUCCCCUCUCCGUCCUCCACAACAGCAGACAAUAUGCAAAGCUUUUUCGAUGAAUGGCUCUCUCUUCUUGACACGUUUCAGCCCGGGGACCCGAAUGAAGCAGCUCUCUCCACCGGUUUUGAUGGUGCGUUGGAUGAGUUUGUUGCCGGUAUCGACCUCGUGGCGUCGACUUCCGCCACUGCUACGUCAGCGACUGCUACGUCUGCACUUGUGCCCUUCGUUGCCGGCCAGCAGCCUGGCUCGUUUACAACUGCCAACACCCCAGUGCUUGAAGAGCUUAUACCAGAUUUUCUCAUCGACCCCGUUCUGUUUGGCCUUCCGUCGACUUCUGUGACCCAUUCCGUUCAGUCGAGUAUCUCUUCAACCCCAUCAUCUAGAGCGGAACUACCGGCUGGAGCACGAGCUAUCGUAGGUAUCAAGCCUCUCACGGACCCAACUCCUGCAGAUUUAUCAAGCACGCGGUCCGUGACGGCGUCUGGGAUGGAGGCGAACACCACAAACACAGGCCCACCUUCGACUCCGACACCGACUAGUGUAGACCUCGGGUCACCACUCACAUCAACUGUCUCGCUAGCGGACCAGGAGCACGAACCUGUGACUCCAGACUGGGCAUGGGCAUUCGGAGAUCAAGAAAUAUUUAGUGCCGGUGGUGCUGGUCGGAUUGCUAGUGACGCGGCGUCGAGCGAAGAAGGUACGUCAUUUUUGGCGUUGUUAAAUCGGUUUGGGGCUGGUGUUCAUGGAUUCGUCGGCCCUACAGAUGGACCAUUUGGUGUGGCUGGGAACGAGGGCGUUGACAUGGAGAAGGUGAGAGAGCUGGAGAAAGUAUUGGACAAGACAUAUGCGCCUUUGGACGCCCAGAUGCAUGCGGAUAGUGCGCUACCUGCUACACUGCUUCCAUCUUCGCAGGAGUUGUCCGCUGCCGGCGGCCCCGCUGUGGACAUGGAUAUGGAACCUGCGGUAUCAGAGCAAACAUCUGCUGAGUUCUCGUCGACGAUUGUUUAUCAUCAAAACGGAACAGAGAAUUCAUCGAGGCAGGACGCUGUGCGGCCAGGCGGAGUUGCCACUGACGUCCAAAUUUCGCCAGCGGAAGAGAUGGACCUUCCGGGUGAGGUUCAGUUCCCUGUCCCCAUACUACCACUUUCGACGGAUGCCUCACAGCCAGGCCCACAUCUCCACUCAACGAUAGCGCUUCGUGAUCGUGACCAGCGUCAGGCUGGAUUGAACACUCAUCAUACGCUGCAAGCACAAGCACAUUCAGGCAUUCCUACCGAGUCGUCUUCGUCGUCGUAUGCGGCUCUCACAUCGCUCCUCUCGCUGGCUGUAUCUCCUACCAGCGUAGCGUCGUCGGGAUCGGGAUCAGGCGCAGUGGGCAAGCAGACCCGGGCAGAGAUCCUCGGGCGCGCGAGAGCGCUGAAGGCUGAGCUGGAGAAAGCACGAGAGCGGACGAGGGUGGAAUUGUGGGAGAUGACUGUUGAGCAGGGUUGUUUGGUGGGGCUUGGGAAGGAGUUGGGAGCGCCGGGUGGGGAGUCGAGAUCUGGGGAUCACUGA